UUUGAAAAACUGAAGAAACUAGUUUUUUCAACUGCUGAAAGUGUUGUACCUUCUGCAUGCCCGAUAUAGUAAGUUAUUUUUUCAUACUCCUAGGGGUUUUUCCUCUUCCUGUUGUUGAAAACGAUUACAAAUGUGCCCAAGAAGAAUUGUCGCAAGAGACAUCGGUCACUAAUACAUCGACCUCUGAGUAUGGAACUGAACUGAAGAUCUGCAAAGCAAUGGAGCAAGAGUCAGUCGAGCCUGUACUGAACACUGUCCUUUUGGACGUGUGGGAAGCAGCAGUUUUACCUUUGUUGUCUCUUGCUGACAUCUUUCAACUUUGUGGUGUUACGAGACACGUCCGCGAGCUGCUGCAUAAUGAAACCAUAUUCAGGCGUCUAUGUCAGAAUCGCUACCAGAUCAGUCCUAAUUUGAAACUGUCGUACAUCACAGUUGCCACGCACCUAUGCAUCGCCACCAGAGUAUCCAGCAUACAUAAAAACGUAUCUGAUUCUGGCAAUGACUGUGUUGUGGAUAGUGAUGAUCCUCAUGAUCAACACCAGGUGUUCAAACAAAGAAACUCCAUGUUCGUAAAAUUGUGCGGCCUGGCGUUGAUCCCGACUACAGGACCGGCCCAAACCAUUAUGCGGUGCAGCCUUCCGCUAUCGAAGCCUUUGAUCAGUAUGCUUUGUCUGCCAUCCAAAGCCACAUCUUUCUACCUACCCAACCUUUCAAUUUCAAUGAUUGAGAAACAUUGUAGAUUAUUGCAACUACAGGUGAAGUACAGCUUAGAAGACUCGGCGAAUUUGUUGUUGGAGAUGUGCGGCUCCUACGAAGAGUACCAAACAUGUAUCCUGAAAAAAAUGGAACAGGAUAUUCCGGAGACUGCAUUAUUCUUGAAAUAUUCGAAUCGCUCUUGCAGGCAAGUUGAACUUGCAAAAUGCUUUGAAAUCGUUUCAAGAAGAGAUCCACAAUUGCUCUUAUCCCUAAGAUUGGAUAGUCCGAUACCAGCCCCUCCUCAGCACAUCAAUACUCGGUGGAGCUAUAACUCAUACGACUUUGUAUUAAUCGAGAUAGCUGACAGUGGCCUCAGCGAUGACGUUAUCGCCACUCAUAAUUGGAUCAAAUUCACGGCGGAGCUAGCAGGGCGACACUCAGUACUCAAGCUCUUUAUCAAAGGAAGCCUACGUUUAUCACAGUUGGAGGAUUACUUCGUGGCUGUCAUGGCGUACGACAAGCUCUGGCAAAGCCUGCCCCAGUCUAGUCGCCCAAGUCGGAUUGUUCUCUAUCGUGACCUGGGAAGCUACCUACUUUCCACGCUACUAAGGUCGCAGCGUGAAAAGGAACUGAGCAAAGAGGAACUGCUGAACGCCAUGGAACGGUGUGGCACGAUGAUUGUUGACAGUGCAACCCGCGAAGUGCGUUGCCGCGCGCGUAUAUCUUGCUGAUAUCCUGAUGUAGUUGUGGUUGUUGUAAGUUUGCCAUCGAGGGCAAUUUGGCCUAUGACGCAAUACCACCACAUGUACUUGUUAACCCUAGGACGGCCACCACUUUCAGUACUCCUAGAACGGCCAAACGGUGUCAUUUGACACCUGCAUACAUUUCCAUGUCUAAGACCUAUGAUAUAGGUUAUUAUAGUUUUUGUUUUCAGUGCUGGCUAUCAAUAUCGGCAUUUAUGAUGUACACAACAAUUUAGGAUUCACCCAGACACUAUUGUUGGCUAUACGCAACUAAAAUACGAUGUACGCGUAACAGCAAUUGCGAAGGAUUAACUCAAUUACUGGCUAAACUUCAAUUACUUGCAUGGAAUUUCUUAUAAUCACAAAGUUACAAUGCCAAGCAACGUGUCAACGUCACUGGGCACAUGAGGAACUGCUUUUCGAGAAUAUGUGCUUUGGCAUAAUCGGAUUACUCGACCGUCACGAUGAAUGACACACAGUAACAAGUACAAACAAGGACUGACUAUGAGUAUCAUUUUUUCACCAAGCUGACACAUAUGCUGCUAGAGAUGGGUUAGGCUAGUAACGUGUGCAUUUUGGACUCUUUCAAAGAGGUAUAACCUUCUCUUCUCCUUGGCUGGCACUUAGCACCCAGAUGCCAUAACCAUCUACAAGCUUAUUGACCAGUGCAGGAAUGAGCGUUUUCUGGAUGUGCAUGAAAUAGCAAAGGUCUUGGAUAUUGUCAAGGCGUUGAUUCUUGUCACAUCUAUUCAUUUAUGUAACCACCUUGCAAGGGGACAUCUUCUGGAAUAGUCUUUGUUGAGUAAAUCCACCACAUUCCAUCGAAACGGUCAAGGACAUAUCUCGUCUUUUACUAGAAUUGGACGAUGUGGGGCUUCCUACUCUCACCAUGUAAAACAUAUGGCUCUAGGUGGUCUACACUAGGCGGACCAUUUAUAAU